AUGCAAAUUGGGAAUUAUUUCAUAGGAUCACUCUAGAAGUAGUUAAUUUAUUUCAAAAAAUACAAAUUAAUUUAUAUUACGUAAUCAAAUCGUUAAUCCCUACUUAUCAUUAUCCGAUCAUGCAACAAAAGAAAUAAAAAAAGUAUGUCUCAAAAUAAAAUUUAGAUUAUCAAGAAGUCCUUAAAGGAAUCCAUUAACAACGAAUACCUCUCUUAUUUGUAAUACUACCAAUAUCUCAGCAAAUAAACUUGUUAAAAAGAGAGGCACAUCAGCAACAAUACCAACUGAUUCAUAUCGAAUUGAGAGGAGAGAUUAAGUUGAAAAGCGUAAGGUUUCUAAAACAUACAAAUUAACGAAUUAAGAAAAAAAUAAUUUUGUAAGAAAAGAAUCAAAGUAAAAGGAAAUUUAGAGAAGAUAGGAGAUGGGAUUGGAUUUUUUAAACAAAAUUCCCAAAAAAAAAAUUUAACUGCUUCUACAAAGUAUAACUUCGCUAAUAGUGUGUAGGAUAGAAAACUUAAGGAUUAUCACAUUUUGAAAAGGAUAUCCCUAAAAAAGCUUAAAGCACUUAAAAUAAUAGAUUACAUUUAAAGUAGAAAAAUUAAUUACAUCAGUAGUAGAAAUAAAACGAAUAAAUGAAUAGAAAGAAGGAGACUAAAAAAUAAUUGCAAAAUAGUAGAAAUAUUUUGAAAAGUAAAAUUAUUUUAAAUUAUAGAAAGUUCAUCUUAAUAAAAAUGUAAAAAAAGAAGUAUAACUUCAAUAACUCAAAAAAAGGAACUCACCCAAAGAAAUUCAAGUUUAAAAACUAAAAAUGAGAUAAUAACUUAACUCACUGGUUAUGAAGGAGAAUUGCUGGAAAAAUAUAAAAAGUUAUAAGCUCGAUAUUCUAAAAUAUAUUAAGCAUUUUUUGAUGAGAGCAGUUGUGUAUAGUAUUUAACAGACACGGAUCCAUAUUUGUUGCCUUCUUAACCAACCUCGAAUAAAUAAUAAUAGGUUUUAACUGAAGAGUUCUCGUUGAAUAGAGACGAGAAAAUUUAACUUAAAGAGUUUGGCAUUCUCGAAAUUAAAUUUAAUAGAAUGCAUUCUGCAGCAACUAAAAUCUAGAAGGUAUGGCGAGGAUACAUCACAAGAAAAUUGAUUUUAGAUUAAUAAUUCGAAUAGUACUACUACAAAUAACCAGAAGUGUUUAAUGAAGAAACAUUCAGAAGCCAAUUUCGAUUCGAAAAAGAUAGUUAAUCUAUAUAAUAAGGAAGAGAACAAACCUUAAAUUAACUUACUUAUUAAACUGAUAUUAAUUUCAUAUUAGAUUUGGAGUCUGAAAAGAAGGAGAAGCAAGAACUUAAAAGUAGUCCUAAAAUCUCUGGUAAAUUCGUUAAGUAUUAAAAAUUGAAAUGGCAAGAACUUCUCAAUUAUAUUUCUGAGUUAGAGAGUCAAGUUUAGGAAAAAACUAUUAAUGAAGUACUUAAAGAUUUGAAACUAUUCACACAGUAAUGUUCUUAGGAAUGCUCACUUACCAAAUUUUAAAUUAAGAAAUUAGAGAUCUAAGUUCCUCAAUUUUCAUAGGAAUCCAUGGUCAUGAGUGAAAUAAGAUAAGCCAUGUGUUCUGAAAAAUUAAUGAGAUAAAUCCUUACAUAAUCAAUAAAUCAAGAAAAUGAAUCGAUUUUUGAAGAAUAACCGUUUCAAUAAUUCGCCUCUAAAAAAAUUGAUGAAAUUCUGAAUAGAAACUAAAUGGAUGAAUUAAUAAAAAUGAGAUAAUUAAUUGUGCAAGAACGAUAGAAAUCAUAACAUAAUGAUUUGACCAAAGAAUUUGAACAAAAAUUAAUAUCUCCUAAGACCUUUGAAGAAAGAUACCAAACUUUAGAAAAAUGGGUCACUAAACAAUAUGAAGAAAUUGAGAAUAAUAAAAUCAGUUUUGAAAAAGGAUGGUAAGGAUUAUAUGAUACCUUUAUUUAAACUGAAAAAGAACUUAGAUUUUUGCAAUAAUAGAAGUAUUCAUAGUUUUCUCAGAUCUCCUAUUCUCAACAGUUUAUAAACUAUUCAAUUUCAGCAUUUUCGGAUUCAGCCUACAAAAAUUCUUUAUAGGAAUUAUCAAAUUAAAAUGAAACUCUUUUAUAUAACAAUCUUAAUGAAGAUUUUGAGAAUAAACGUUUAAAAACUCAUACUUCUACUUCUUAAACUCCUGAUGAAAAGCUUAAAUUUCAGCAUUUGGAAAAUUACCAUGAAACUAUAGAAUGGAAUGAUGAAUAGUUAUUGACUAGUCAAUAAUUUCUGUCAAACCAUUAAGCUAAAGAUUCAAAAUUCAAUAAUGUCGUUAAGAACGCUCCCUAAAAAAGCUUGGAAUAGGCUGAGAUAGAUUACCUUCACUAGGAAGUAUGACUUAUUAACAAUGAUAGGUUUAGAAUGAGGAAUUGAGUUGGCUUAAUUAUAAUGAAUUCAAGUUUUAUGUACUCAUGGAUAUCUCUAAUUUAGUUUUUAAUGAAUUAGUAGAGGAAUUUAGAGAGGAAUGUAUAUAGCAAUAAUUUUGA